UUCCUGUAGCUGCUGCCUGAUGCUGCGAGAGGUGGACAAGCUGGCGAUGCUUUUCAACGACAGCCUGAACAAGCUUGAGAGGGAGUACAUGCUAACGUAUCAAAGCUUCAAAAAAACUGAAGCCAGCCGCUCUGCCUUCUCCGUCGCCUUGUUCAAUGGCAAUGCCUUCAAAUGCAGCAGCCGCUCCACCGUCAACAAAGUCAUUGUCUAUAAAAAAGUGUUCUUCAACCUGGGCAACAACUACAACGUGACAACGGGCGCCUUCACCGCUCCCCGCUCUGGCAUCUACAGCUUCGCCGUCACCAUUUACAGCGACGCCGGUUCCCCUCAAAACACCUUGGCCGCCUGUGCCCAGCUGCAGGUUAACGGCAGGACGGUGGCCGGGUCCAGUGAGCAAAACAACCAUGACCAAGAGGAUAGCUCCACGAUCGUCUUGGCCCUGCAGCUGAACGUUGGGGACCGGGUGGACAUCAACCUGCCCCCAGGCUGUUUCCUCUGCGACGACAGCCACUACAACACCUUCAGCGGCUUUCUGCUUUAUCCUACCGAAUAAAUUAGGGAGGUGCUGCACACUGCAUGUAAGGUUAGCUUCUGCUAGAUUAAAACUUUCUGUCAGUGCCCCUAAUCUCAUCUCAAUCUGCUCUUUUUGAGGGAAGCCACGUCCUUAAAUCCAUCACAUCUGGAGUCAGCCCAUGCGAUUUGAAAGUUUACGUAACCUGAAAGCAUGAGCAUCGUUUUUUUCUCGCUGAACUGAACACACUAAAACACCCAAUAAAUCAGAAUUUUAAACAAAGCAGUUGGUGUUAUAGUAGAUUUUGUUUCAACUGAAAAGAUAUGUGAUGUCUACAUUGAUGAAAUUGUUGACAAAAUUAAAGUAUUGAAAUGUUACCCUUACUUUGCUCUCUCUGUUUUUUGAUAUAGUUUUAAGAUUUGAUAUGAAAUUUUAAUUGUAGUUAAGAACACUAUGGACAUUUCA